AUGCACAGGCUCCACGAUGUCCAGCAAAUCUUGACCGAUAAGGCGCUGUCGCUUUCUUCCCAGUACCUGAACCUUGUGGACGCCUUGGACUCCAAAAAGGGUGAUGUCUUGCUGAAAAUUGCCCAGUAUGUGAAGGAGCCCGUGGAGUCGAUCCCCAAGGACGCUGCAGCCUUGUGGCUGGAAAUGAUGCUCAAGUUCCCUGAGCUGGUGACGUCGCUCAAGUUCAAGAGCCCCGCAUCGAGAGUGAAGAAAAUCACUCGUAACUUCGAUUUCCACGUUUCCAACGCCAAGUUGCCUAACCACAAGUUGCGUGUCAAGUCGACCCCUGAGGACUUGGGCAUUGACAAGGUCAAGCAGUACUCGGGAUACUUGGACGUUGCCGAGGAGGAUAAGCAUUUCUUCUUCUGGGCUUUUGAGUCGAGAAACGACCCUAAGAAGGACCCUGUGAUUUUGUGGUUAAACGGCGGCCCUGGUUGCUCUUCUUUGACUGGUUUGUUCUUCGAGUUGGGUCCUGCCAGCAUCGGCGAGGACGUUAAGCCAAAGCACAACCCUUACUCAUGGAACAACAACGCCACUGUGAUCUUCUUGGAUCAGCCUGUCAAUGUUGGCUACUCGUACUCCUCCGGCUCUGUCAGCAACACCGUUGCCGCUGGCCAGGACGUGUACGCUUUCUUGGAAUUGUUCUUCCAGCAGUUCCCAGAGUACGCCGAGAGAGACUUCCACAUUGCCGGUGAGUCUUACGCCGGUCACUAUAUCCCUGUCUUCGCUUCAGAGAUCUUGAGCCACGACGAUCGUCACUUCAACUUGACCUCGGUCUUGAUCGGUAACGGGUUGACCGACCCAUUGACCCAGUACGAGUACUACCAGCCAAUGGCCUGCGGCAAGGGCGGCGAGGACGCUGUCUUAGACCCAGAGGAGUGUGACAACAUGGCCGCUUCGAUUCCUCGUUGUUUGUCUUUGAUCGAGUCGUGCUACGAGUCCAAUUCUGUGUGGUCAUGUGUGCCAGCCACCAUCUACUGCAACAACGCUCAGAUGGGUCCUUACCAGAAGACUGGCAAGAACGUGUACGACAUCAGAACAGAGUGCAAGGGCGGCAACUUGUGUUACGAGGAGUUGCAGUACAUUGACGACUACUUGAACUUGCCUGAGGUGAAGGAGAAGUUGGGUGUUGAGGUUGAGGAAUACCAGGGAUGCAACUUUGACAUCAACAGAAACUUCUUAUUUGCUGGUGACUGGAUGAAGCCAUACUACAAGAACGUGAUUGACUUGUUGGAGUCGAAGUUGCCAGUGCUUGUGUAUGCUGGAGACAAGGACUUCAUCUGCAACUGGUUGGGUAACCAUGCUUGGACGGACAGAUUGCCAUGGUCUGGUCAUAAGAAGUUUGAGUCGCAGCCCAUUCGCAAGUGGAAGGUUGGCAAGAAGGAAGCCGGUGAGGUGAAGAACUACGAGCACUUCACGUACUUGAGAGUGUAUGGCGGAGGCCACAUGGUUCCAUUUGACCAGCCCGAGCACUCGUUGGAGAUGGUCAACAGAUGGAUCAGCGGUGACUACACCUACAACUAA